GCGCUGCAGUUUUCUAUCACAGCUCGAAGACGUCGCGACGGUGUCCCUUGGUGUUAUCGAAGCCACGCUAGCUCGCAUUAGUCAGUACACGCUCGUCGACUCGACUUGAUCAGCAGCCUUGUUGAAUUUACGACUGUGUAUUCACACUAACGCGUACACCGGUUAUCUAAAAUCGAAAACAAAACUUUUUAUAAUUGUCUUGCUGAAAUAAAAAAACGCGAUCCAAUUGUAGCCGCACGUAUCACAGUUGCUAUCGAGCUGUUAGCAAUUUUCACCGCGAUCGAAUCGUCAACGCUCUAGACUUUUGCAACAGUGCAAAGAAAAAGCAAGACUUGUAAUGGCGACUACAGCAAGGAUGUUCAACGCUCCGCCGAUCGGAAUGACGCACCAGCAGAGCUACUUGUUCAACCCGAUCUUCUACGACUUCUACAGGCAUCCCGCAGCAACCGGUGGAUGCAAGCCCACCCUCGACUUCGCCAACAGGACCCUGAACCCGCGUCAACUCAACAAUAACCAUCAGCACGUCCAGGAGAAGGGCGAGUACCUGUUCUCGUCCGUCUUUGGCUAUCCAUUCAAUCCAAGCCUCUCCGAGGAGUUCGACAGGCUCUUCCAGAACAGCACGUCGCCGACAAAGUCUUCCAACUGUGAUAAUGAAAUCUGGGAAGAAUUCAAAAGCAAUGGCAAAGAUUAUGAAUACUGUCCAGAUCAGGAUGUUGUACCUGUUGUUAUUCAUAAGAAAAGAAACAAGAAACCUCUGCCAACUGAAUGUGUUUUUUGUAAAAACAACGGAGAAGAUGCUAAAAUUUACAAAAAUCAUCUUCUGAAAGAUAACGACGGAAGGAUCAUGUGUCCCAUUUUGAGGAGAUACACUUGUCCCAUUUGCAAAGCAAAUGGUGAUAAGGCUCACACCAUCAAGUACUGUCCUAUCAACUCGAAUAAGCACACCCAACAAUUAGCAUCAAUGAAUGCUUUGAAAGCUCUUCGAAAUUCCUGUGGACGACGUCGUAGCCCACCCAAGUAAAUCAUCCAGGUUUAUAGAUUUUUUAAAUUAGUUGAAUAAUGAGUUUUUUUUCUAACAUUUUUAUGAGUCAAAUUAACGACAAUAGAACAUUUCUAUUAUAAACUGAUCACGUGAGAAUGGUUUAUAUCUCUCAAAUUACUGUAUAUAGUUGAAUUUUUUUCUACCAAUAUUAUGGUAACUAAAGAUUAUUGAGACUUUGAUAAAAGUAUUAGCUUAAACUUAGCUAAUAAUUAUAGAUCAUGAAAACACCUCGUUAUUCUUAGGAGUGAAAAACUAAUUUUUGAAACUAGACUGGUUAAGUUUAUAUACUUUUUACUACAAGUAUCAUGUUGACCUGGAAAAUACAUAAUCAACAUUAUAAAAAGAUUUAUAUUGUACGAUUCUUAAGUUAAGAAAAAAAAUUGAAUGUUAAAGAUUAAACAUUUUCCCAGUUUUUCUAUAAGUUUUAUAGACAAUAUAUCACUAGUGAGCUUAUUUAAAAGUUCUAGAUUUAUCAUGACUUUAUGAAAAAAGAAAGUAUGGAUCGAAUAAUGAUUAAUCGAUUACCGAUUUAACAAAAAAGUAUUGAGCUUUUAAAAUUUUUGAAUAAUAAUUUGCUAGCUUUUGAAAAAUAUUACCUGGAUUAAACUGGUAAAGCACAUGGAUUUAUUAUUUAAUAAUAUUGAAAAGUGUACAAUCCUAUUAGUUUGUAGUAGUAUUAAAAUAUCAGGUACAAAUCUAACUUUUUCAUACUGAUUUAGAUAUUUGCAAGAUUUAUUAGUACUUGUUCAUUGAUAGUAUGAAUAAAACAGUGAUCAAUAGUUAUAAUUUCCAAUUUUUAUAUAUUUUUUGAAUUGUAACAGUAUAUUUUUAUGCAUGUUUACGGACUUGUAGCAUCUAAUUUUGGAGUUCAAUUUAUUCAUAAUAAUUUUAUUCUUCUUGAAGAAUAAUGCCACUUGAAAUACAUAAUCUUUUAUUUUUAAUGAUCUAAACUUUGACAAUGUUUUAGUAGUGAUUUUCAAAGAAUAACUUGAGUGAAAUUUCACCUGUUGUGAUAUAAUAAUACAAUAAUAAUAUAGUAAUACACUUAUCUUUGAGAGUCACUACUAAGACUUGCUUUUUAUGUCGAAGAUUUAAAUCUAUUUUCGUAGAGCUGUCAUAUGUAUCUACCAAACGAAUCAUAAUUGUAAACUGAAACCAUUGAUUAGAUUUCAGAUUUAAAUUGAGCUUAUUACUUUAAUCAAUCGCAUUUAUAAUUAUUAUUAUAAAAUUAAUCUAAAGUCCUUAUAAAAUGCAGAAAUUGUAUUGUGAAAUUUUAUUGAAGUGUAGGGGUUUUUCUAAUAAUUUUUUCUGUUCUUUAAAAUCUAAUUCAUAUACUUUAAUUUUAAUGAAUUAUGUGUAAUGCUUUUCGCCACGAGUGAAUUCAGUGAUAGUAGUCAGAAGCACUACUGAAAACAAUCAUUUUGCGUGCCAAUCAAAUUUUUAAGAUUUUACAAAAAAUAUUGAUUGAAGUAAAAUCUCACCUAAUUAAAAUUCAACUAAUAGCAAUUUUCAUUCUUUUUUACAAACAUCCAAUGCACACACAAAUCAAUAGAGAUUUAUUUUAAUUUUCUUAAAUUUUAUGGUUGUGAUCACAAAAAAUUGUUUAUUUCAAUCAAUAUCUUAGAAGAACAUUAAUAGUCAUUUAAAACUAUAAUCAUGAAAUUUCCACAAUUAGCACAUCCAAAUUUACCGAACUUUUUACAUUUUAUCUAAUUUUUAAUGUAAUCAAAUUGUCCUUAUAUCACUGAAUUUACUGUGAGCUUCAUUUUACCAAUUUAAAUUAAUUUGGUGUAACAUUUGCUUUAUUCAAGUAUGAAAUUUAAAGUGUAAAUAUCGACAGGACAUUUUCUAUAAUGUUACAUAAAAUUCAUAAUUUAAUUAAUUUUCCUUAAUUUGUACAUUAAAUAUGUUUGUUUAAUUUUAAGUUUUACUGAAAAGAAUUUUUGUAAGUUGAUUGUAUUUGCAAAAGUGAUUUCAUUGCGUUAUAAAAUUUAAUAUUUCAACGAAGUACUAAAUUUUCCACAUCAUAGAGAGUAUUCGAUGCAAAGUAUAUUGUACCCAUCUAAGCAAAAAAGUGUAUACGGCCUGUUAUGAUACAAAACGUGAGCGUUCAUAAUAGAUUUACUACUUUUGUUGCUUGAAAUGGAUAUCAGUUGCAUUUGUAUGUUAGAAUUUUAAUGGUAUACUUUUAUAUGUAACAAGUCCAUCGAUACAUGUAAAUUAAUUGCUAAUGAAAUGUCAAAUGUACUGACAUACUAUCCAGUGUGAUUUGAAGUCAAUUAUUGCAAUUUUAUAUUUACGUGUAAACGGUAAAGAAUGUAAUUGUGGAAUAUCAGUACGUUUAUUUUUCUUAAUAUAAUUAGAUCGAGCUAUCGCUGCGUUAUAAAAUAUAUUUUUUAAUUAGUCUAAGCUAUUUGAUACUUUUAUAAAAAAAGCGUUCUCAUAGAGAACAGUGCCAUAGCGUGAAAAACGUUCAUUGCUCUACUAAAUACAUUUAUAAUUCUUUCUGUGUUUGAUAUGUAAAAGUUAAUAAAAAUACACCACUUGUCUGUAAAAA